ACCGCACCACCCGCUCGAUCCCCUUCCCUGCACGGCGCCGGUGACUGGAGUGGCCGCCGCAGCCCCUCGCGGCGCCGGAGUUCACCGGCGCAACACCGACGAGCCUUCCUCGUCCGAAGAAGACACGAUGACGAUGGGGUCCGGGCGAGCACCCUCUGGCGCGGCGCUAGCGAGGCCGAGGCUCACUGGAGCCCAUGAACCGGGGCGGCGGCUGGGGCGGUAGUCGAUUACGGCGACGGCGUGCCCGAAGAGAUGCCCGAAGCGCCGUGCGGCACGACUGCUCGAGCCCGCUGCCGUCUCCUGCUGAAGCGGGCUGUUGGCGUUGGCGUUCUCCAUGUCGGCUCCAAGGCGGACGACGCCGGAGGCGCUGGUUGGCGCGGAGAUGAAGGCGAGUGCCUCCUCCUCAUCCACCACGAAGCGCAAGGGCACCGGGGCAUAGCCAUGCGGGCGGCGGCUCGGGCCAGCGGCCACGGCAUCCGGUGUCGGUGUCGAUGGCGGGAGCCACCCUGCCGGUGGAGGAGGGGUGGAGGCAGAGAACCGUGGGGUGCGGCGCUGUGCACCAUAGGGGCGCUCGGACCGGCCACAAGCCAUGGGUCGAGCACCCUGUUCACAGACGGCGCACGCGCAACAACGCCAAGGCCAUGCCCGUGGGCGUGGCGAGCACCAGGAGCGACGUGUCCGUCAACGCCGUGGCCGCGUCCAGUGGCACGGUGACCACCACGGGCGCCACGUCCAGUGGCGCGGUGACCAUAACGGCCAGCAGCACAACGGCCGAAAUGACGAACGGCCUGCAUCCUACGACGAAAACGUCGGAGACCACCAACGCCAUGGUAGCGGCGACGGUAGCGACGACCGUCCUCACGGAUCAGGCGGAGAAAGAAGGAAACAAGGCCAGGCAUCUCACUGGCGGACGCUUAUAUAUCUCCUGGAGAGACACAACGAUCCAGAGGAGGUGUCGGUUCCAGAGAGAUGCGCCGGUUGCCAGGACACAGGCGUCCGCGCGAUGCAACUGCUUGGCCGUUGGGCAAGGGGAGAUUUCCCUUUUACAGAAUUAAUCUCAACAGUUCGAACACUGGGGUGCGCGUGAAGAUCUCCCCCUACCGAUCCACGUCCUAGCUUCGCUAAGAUAUCAGGUACUGACUCGAUGAACUCGAAACACAAGGGACACAAGAUUUAUACUGGUUCGGGCCACCAUUGUGGUGUAAUACCCUACUCCAGUGUGUGGUGGUGGAUUGCCUCUUGGGUUGAGGAUGAACAGUACAAGGGGAAGAACAGCCUCAUGAGGAGAGGUGUUCUUGUGCUUGGUGGGUAAGAGGAUGUGCUGAAUGAGUUCCAGCCUUGUUCCACCCCCUCCUAUUGUGGUGGCUAAUCCUAUUUAUAGAGGCCCUGGUCCUCUCCCCAAAUAUUAAGCGGGAAGGGAGCCAACAAUGGCCAAUUCGAAAGGGGACAACUAGUACAACUUAUCUUGACAAAAGUGGUCUUCACCUGUUAUAGGCUCUGGUGGUGACGCCAUCUUGGGCUCCAUGGUGACCUCCGUCUUGCCACCCUUCUGGUCUUGGUCUCGU